GGGCUGAGAGGAAAGGGUGAGGUAAGUUGUGAGGGAGCGAAAGCGGCAAAAGAAAUAUCAAACAGAAGAUAGAGGGAGAGUUUAAACAAAGACGCAUAGUCAAAAGCUGAGCCAAAAGCAAACCAAGGAAGGAGAGACAAAAACCUUUGAAGCCACGAUCCGUUUUGUGGGACACUCCACUCUGGUCAAGUAUUCCAGCAUCUUUUUUUUUUUACAGCUUCUCUUGAGUCUCAGAUGCAGCAACGCUAAGACAUUAAGAUCACAGAUUCAGUAUCACAACAUCAGCCCCCAUUCCCUCUCUCUUUCGCCUCCUCUCCCAUUUAGUCUUUGCAAUUGUAGGGCAGGACUGAGCAGGCUGACAGACAGAGCACACAGCUGGUGUCCUGGGUCUGUUAGAGACCCUGGGAUCCACGGAGAGGAGGAGUUCCAGUGCAGUGAGCACGUAGCAACAGGAGCCCUGCACACGGCCAGAACAAAAGCCAUUGGACUCCUUGUGUGUUGCUUAAAAGCUACAGACUGACACUGACAGAGCACUGUCACAAGGGGGAUUUGAGCUGUUUGUGAAUAUGAGUGAGUGAGUGAGGGAGAGAAAACACGCCUCAGGUGCAAGAGCUUUUGGACUGUAAUCAUCAAGGAUUUGAGGUUGACGAGAGCCUGGAGUAAUGUUUUAAAGAAUAUUGCACAGCUGUUGUUACCUGUUGGGUCUUUGGCUGGAAAUAGGAAGGAGAUAUCCUACACAAGCUUUACAAAAUAAAAGCUCAAUAUUUAAUAUCACUCAUAAAAGACUGGAUCCACACAUCUCAAGGAGGGAGUAACGUUCACCAACGUGGAGAAAGGUGGCAGCGAAAAAGAUGCCCACCACAAAAAUAAAAAACCUUUUGAAAAGCGACAUUGAGAGAAGGGUGAUGAUAGACUCGAGUUAAGCUCUGAGAGACAGAGGAAAACACAACACUGUUUUUUUCGAGUUUUUUCCAGGACAUCAGAACUGAUUUGACUCAAGCGUUGAGCAUUACAGUUGUUAUCCACUCAGGAAUAUGAGUCCGUCUCCAAAGUGAAAAGCCUUUCAUGUGGGAGCCCGUGAUUAUCUUCAAGUUUGAGAGGAAUCUGCCUUAUUUUUCUGCAAGCGCCGUCAGGAACCAAGAGUUCUCACUUUUCACGGAUUAUCCAUCCACUCAGCAGGGGAGCUUAAUAAAAGAAAUGCCAGAGGCAAGUUCAUUCAUAGGUAACACACUCUCCUGAACUAGAUUUCCUCCAAGCCACCAGGAUUUGGAUUUGUCUACAACCGCCUCUGCUGUCUGCUGAUGACAUAUGGCUUUCUGAAAGGAGCUUUACUAUCAUUAAAAAACACAUCAGCACCGAGCCACCACAAGAUACUGGAGUAAGUCCAAGAUGGCCACCUCCGUGCAUCCACUCUUGGUAAGCUUCUCCCUGGCCAUUCUCCUAGGGUUGACCUCUCUGGGUGGACUGAACUCUUGGCCAUCAGGUCAGGCUUUGGCCCAGUUCUUUUCCAACAAUGAGACAACUGACCCCUCUAUGAUACCAGAGGCCGCACUGGCAACACCCACACCAGAUGCCCCACCAGAGGACAAAACGGCUCCAACUAGCGGCAACCGUUGCUGGGGUUACUACGACGUCAUGGGCCAGUGGGACCCGCCCUUCAACUGUAAUGCAGGUAUUUACCUGUUCUGUUGUGGCUCCUGCUUCUAUCGCUUCUGCUGCCAGUUCAAAGUCCACAGUUUGGACCAGACUUCCUGUUCCAACUAUGACACACCCGUCUGGGCAAACACCAGGGGGCCAGCGGCAACCGUCACAGAGGUCCAAGAGGAACCGGAUAAGGAUCGGACCCACAUGAUCGUGUAUAUUAUCUGUGGAGUGGUGGCCAUCAUGGUGUUGGUCGGGAUUUUCACCAAGCUCGGGCUGGAGAAGAGUCAGGGAGGACAGACGGAUAUGACCAACUCCAGGACUCUUACGGAGCUUAUGAAGCAGCCAGGGGAGGCAGGAAUGGUGGAUGGAACCGGCGUUCAUCAUCCUAUAGGGACCAACGGCAUCUCCGCCAGGUCACUACGCUCCAACAAUGUGCCACAUGGGGCCAGUGCCAAUUAUAUCUGCACUGAGCUCGUCAACGACACCCCACCAGAGAGACAGAGAGAGAGAGACGGAGGGAAUGGAGUGAAACAAAUCAAAUAUGGUUUAAGAAUAUAUCAUAACCAUUUGAACAACGCAGCCUUGUCUCCCCUGGGUCCAGCCAUGGCCUUGUCUCACCCUCACAACAACCUGGGAAUAGGCUUCAACAAGUACACCUCGCUCAAGGCCGUGGACACGGCUGCAAGAGACUACUACAAGAGCUACCCAAUGGUAGAUUACACCCACCGCCAGUCCCCUCCCACUUUCCAGCCAAUCAACUUCCACCCCAAGGACAAGCCCUUCCUUCCGCCACCCGACAUCCAUGCGCCACUUGCGAUUACCAUCAACACCUCCCAGAUCCCCAAGCCUAAGAUCUCCAAGACCAACACCCACCCGCUCACCUCCAGCUCGGCCUUCAAAGCAUGGGACCCCAGUAAGAGCCACAUCCAGCACCCGGUGGCCACCCACAUGGUCCUCCAGGGGCAACAGCACCACCCCAUCCAGCAGCAACAGCAGCAGCACCACCACCACCCUAUCCAGCAGCAACAGCAGCAGCACCACCCUAUCCAGCAGCAACAGCAGCAGCUGCACCACCCCAUCCAGCAGCAGCAGCUGCACCACCCCAUCCAGCAGCAGCAGCACCAGUCGCUGCACCAGCAGAACAGCCGGCGCCAGGCCUACUCCAACAAGAGACAGUUCAGCAUCGAGACGCUGCCCGAGCUCUUCUCGCAGCCUCUGGGCUACGGCCACUCGCCGCACGUGCACCCCAAGCACAAGGGACUACCCACCAACAGCAAGACAGAGGUCACUGUCUGAACAUGGGGAUGAAUGGGUGAAUAGCCAGAAGAGGAAACCAAGUGGAGUUUUAGGCGACUUUCAAAGAAAUGCUCCGAUAUCUUUUAUAUCCACAGCCGUAAAUGGCGAGAGGGGAGAAAGCAAAAUAUCGUGUAUAAUCAGAAUCUUUUUUUUUAACAUCUUCCUCAUCAUUGUUGUCAACAAUAAUAAGAACAUGAGUGAUAUUUGUGUACUUUUUAAGACCACUGGAUCAAAACAGCAGCAGCAGAUUAGCUGUGAAGGUGGCGGAUCGGCAGGAGCUGGCUUUGAACGCAGUCACUCACACUAAAUAAUUGAGUGGCCUCUCAGUGUGUUGGCACAGCUCUCUCCUCCUUCUCCUCUCAACCUCCUCUCACCUCAAUGACACUCUGCACUGCUCUGUAGCACCACUCCAAUGCGCACAAAUGUUCAAAUCUCACACACAGACACUAUUUACCCCAAAGACUAGCCCAGACGCACUCUGCCCACUUUUUCGGAGACAGUCAGAGAGGCUGGUUGGGGGGGGGGGGUGUUUCCCAUAAGACUUUGGCUCCACAUCAGCAGAGACAAUGCCAUUGUGUUGUCAGCUCCCAUUGCCCUCCAGCACCUCCGGAGAGUGAGAUAUCAGCCUGGCAAUUCAUAACAGCGAGGCGGGCGGGGUGGGAGAAGAGAAGGGGUUGGUUAUUCAUCUCAUUCCAGGGGUAAAUGAGAUGAGAAGGAUCUUAACCGUGCACACACACAAAGGCACUACACACUUGUCAAAAACUACAGACGGUUCCCAGCAGUGUCAGAGACCACAGGCACCCCCCCACUGACACACACUUGUCUCUCUCUACACACUGAUCUGGGGGAAGUGAAUAAGCAAGAGCACUUGUUGGUUUUUGUAACGGUUUGUUGAGCUGCUCAUUUCAAUCACCGUCUCUUGUGUUGCUGUGGAUGUUUACCUCUAACGAAAACCCAGGAUGUGUCACGAUGCCUUGAAAAAAAGAGCAAAAGAGUCUAUGUAUCCAGAAAGGUUGUUACAAAGCCAUCGCUUUCUCUGCUCCGCACUAGAUUUCACAAAUGAGGCUGGGUUUAUUUCAGAGAAAUGUCAGCCAAUGCUGUAUAUUGGUACAAGCAUCGAGUUGUCCCAGCAAGUGAAAUUAGGAUGUCUGAAUAUAGAUCAUAUACAUCCUCAAAGAUCCACUUUUUCUGUGUUCAGCUGACAGAUCCAUACGUUUGCAGAGACAUGAUUUCAUAAUCAUAAACUCAUGAUUAAAAUCAUGAACUGUUUCUGGAUGUAGGAAGAAAAAAGGAAUGAUGCGUUACAGGAACACCUUUUCCCACUAUGUCUAUUCCUAAACACAGCUGUUUGAUGCAUGUGUUUACUGCUGCAAUGCUAACAUAAUCUGAAAGGCUGAAACCACUUGUUAGUGCACUGCCAUUCACUUCACUCCCUAUAAAUUAAGUAUUUUAAAAUUAAAAAAGUAUAUGACUACUAUCACCCAAACAAAGAGCCAUGUAAUUCCUGCUGUUAUUGCAUUCAAACACAGAAAACAGAUCUAGUUUUUUUGGCAGGGAAAUGGUCAAAUUUGAAGCGUUAUGUAUGUUAUUUACAAGUUGUGUCUUCUUUGCCGGCUUCGCUAGUGUUAGCCACAUUCAGGACUCAGCUGGUUUUGUUUAGAGUUGGAGGGUGUGUGAACCCCGAAGCUUCAUUGUGCGGACUUCUGGAGAGCUACAUGCAGUCACCGGGGCUAACAUUAAGCGAGCUGUUUAUGGACAGUAAAUACUGUAGGCUGGCUAUUUGUUAAACCAAAAUAACAUAAAUGGUGGGUGUGGAGUUGAUAUAUUUUAAUCUGGCAUAUUUCACAGGACAGCAAUGGCUGCUGCAACACCACCAGUUUACUGAGGUACGCUGUCUUUGGGGACGGCCCAGUUGCCUUUCUGCCUCCAUUCUUCCCUCUUCCAUUAGAUUUAGUGAAAGUGAAAUGACUCGUAAUCAACCUCAUAAUAAUCCCUGUGAUACAAGAAUACAGUAUAACCGCAUUGUAAGUCAGCCUCACACAUGAAUGACAAUGCAGGGUGAUUGGGUCAGCUAGAAAUUGCCUCAAAUGUAGAUCCCUAUGUAGUUAGCCACAAUUUCCGCUCCAGGUGGCUACUUUCUAGGUUUGCACACUGUUAAUCCUCCUGUUUUUCCUGGGAUUCACCUGAAUGUUACCCUUCUUUCCCACUGUUUCACCAUUUAAAUAUUUUCCCGUAAAUCUCCCAUAUUGUUUUACCUUUCUAAAAAACCUUUUUGAUGUGUUUGCUACAUUCUCCUCCAGUAAAGCAGAUGGCAGUAUGUAGAACAUUAGCUGUAAUAUGUGACAAUCAGUCAUUCAAUCAAAUGGCACCUGCCAAUAAAAGAAGAAGAAGAAGGAAGGAUCGAUGAACGUGAGAGGGAUGGGGGAGUACCUGCCAAAAAGGCUUUUGUGCAAAUAUCAGCUUACCCAUUCUUAAUGAAGAGCAGCAUUGGCCCAAGUAAAGUUUUUCAUAAACCACCUAAUUGUAGUUACUUAAAAUGUAGGACCUGCAGUAGUUAACCCAAUACUUAUACUUAUUUUAAAGCAUGUGAUUGCCUAGUGGUAAUUUAAGGAUUCACUGUGUAUACCCACUGUGUCUAAAUGUAAUGGUUAUGUGGGCAAUGGUGGGGGCGGUGGGGCGGCCCCAAACAUGUCGCUUAUUUUCAAAUCCCAAUGUUGACAGGUAUGGCUUUCAGUCAGACUCGGACACAUGCGUUUGAAAUGAUUCAAGCUAAAAUAAUGUUUAUUUUGAAAGAUGUAGGAGGCCAGCACAGCUUACCCAGAUAUGUUUUGUGCAAAUCCUUGUUUACCCGAAAACGGAGGUGGUUAGUGCAAAGUUACCACGAUCCAUAUUGACACAAUAACCUAAUUUAAUUUAAUUAAGGAAUACGCCAGAUUGAAAUAUACCAAAAUUUCUCUUUAAAGGCACCUUUGACUA